UUCUUCCUGCUCCCAGUUUUGCCUUCUGCUCAGGUGAAUGCUGAACGUCACCAAUCAUACUAAAUCAUACGCAUUAUUACUCGUUCUUCGUCAUUGUUAUUUAUCGUAGCAGAUAAAUCAGUGCGAGUUAUUUCGAUGACGAUGACAACGAGUUCCAAGCAGGGUUCCAAGCGUUCGAAAUGGGCCUUGGACUUUGCUCACAAAACAAAACAAGACAAAAGCGUGGAGAUACCGUCCCCACCAGGAUACACACCCACUGGUUCCCUCUUUCACAAUGUUGAAUAUAUGAGAGAAUCUGACUCCAAUCAUUUAAUAAUCAAGAAGUCCUGGGAUCUGGCAUUGGGUCCCCUUAAACAAGUACCCAUGAAUCUAUUUAUUAUGUAUAUGGCUGGCAAUUCCAUCUCAAUCUUUCCUAUCAUGAUGGUCUGUAUGCUUAUCAUCAGGCCAGUCAAAGCACUGUUCACGCUACAGCAGACAUUCAAAGUGAUCGAAGGAACACACGCGUUCGGACAGAAAUUUGUAUAUUUCUUAGGACAGUUGGUUAAUAUCGCGUUAGCAUUAUACAAGUGUCAGUCCAUGGGUCUGUUACCAACACAUGCAUCCGAUUGGCUGGCGUUCGUGGAGCCGCAGGCACGAGUGGAGUACUCCGGUGGUGGUUUCAUAUAUAUUUGAUGUGCAUAGUCGCUCGGUAGCAGACUUAAUAAGAACAUCACAAUAAGUGCAUAUGUACGCUCGACAAGAGUGCAAUCGUGAGUCAUUUAGCUAAGUUAUAAAUUGUGCGGGAAUAAGGACAUGCGUAUCACCUAAAUAUUCUUUAUUAAAAUAAACAUAUAGAAAAAUAAAUGUAUCUUUUUGUACAUGAUAUAUAACCACAUAUGUAUAUUACAUGUACAUACACUUACAUAUGGUGUAUGCAUACACCGUACAUACACUUAUAUACACAAGUAUUUCUUGGGGGGCUAAAUGUCACGUACACUGUAUCAAUAAUGACAUGUUUAUUCCUUUUCUGUUUCUCCCUCUUGUUCUGUCUUUAGUAUUGCAUUAGUAUAAGCAAUAUUGUGGGACAAAAGAUCAUGGCUUCUUUUUGUGUUCAUCUAGAAACUCUUGUAUUCGUUGGUACAAUUUGGAUGGCUCAUCUACACGUGGCACCUACAAAAGAAAUAUAGUCCUGCAGAAAGCGACAAUAUGUUGCGUACACAUGCGUACAUGUAGCCUUAUACAAUUUCCAAAUUUGAAUCAUUUAAGGAUGCAAGUAUUGUAUUACAGCAAGUUGCAUAUUACAGCUAUUUAUACAAAGAACUGCUAGCUAGUAUAACUACAUCUUAGAUUAAUACGUUAAAAGAGAAGUUUGUUUGAAUAAAACAAAUAAAUUAGG